AUGGCAUGCGGACCGGCGGCGCCGCAAGCGCCGCCCUCACCUGCCCCUUUGGUGCCACCUCCGCUCUCCUCGCCACCUCCGUCGUCGCCACCUCAGCAUCGCAAUAUUUUCUGGAUAAUUGCCGACGACCUGCGACCAGAGUUGGGGUCGUACGGGGCGGAGCACAUACGUUCUCCUAAUAUCGAUGCAUUGGCGACGGACAGCGCCGUCUUUGAGCGAGCUUACUGCCAAGUGCCCACCUGUGGCGCCUCGCGCGCGAGCAUGCUGACCGGGCUGUACGCAACUCCAACCCGCUUCAUCAACUUCAACACCCGCGCGGACUUUGACGUGCCAGACGUGCCAGACUUGGCAAAGACGCUCCGGACUGCAGGUUACACGGCCAUCUCCAACGGCAAGGUAUACCAUCACAGCGACGACAAUGCGCAGUCAUGGAGUGAGAUUUGCGGCCACGAUGCGGGCUCAAUAGCAGGACAGGCGUGCAACUACUCCACCGCGAUGUGCUGCAUCUCUCCGCAAAGCUUAGCUAGGACUGCGCCGUCUCUUCCAGAGGUGCGAAACCACACGAUUCGAAACCCGUUUGCAAGGUCGACUGUUCCAGAGUGGGCCCAUCGCGAGUUCGAGAACGAGGAGGUGGGUGGGUUGCCGCUGCAGGAGUGGCUACGGGCUCAGCUCGCCCGGUGGCAGGCGCAUGGUGGUCAGGGUGGGUGUUGGGGCUGCGACGAGCCGGCCUGGGGGGGGACUGACGUGACUGAUGACGGCACAAGCCCAGCGACCCGCGGCUACCCUGACGGCAAGCUCACAGUCAAGGUCAUCGAUGACCUGCGGAGAGCGAAGGCCGCGAACACGCCAUUCUUCAUCACGUGCGGCUUCAUCCGGCCGCACCUCCCCUUCGUCGCGCCGCUGAGGGACUGGGACGCGUACAGUCGCGACGCCAUCGAGCUCGCAGACAACGCAGCGCUUGCCGUCGGAGCGCCUCCUCGGGCGCUACACUACCGAGAGCUGGGUGUGUACGACAUCGGAACGACGCCUCCAUCAGCCUUCUCGAUAGGGCAGCUCAUGCCAGAGUACGGCCUCGGGAACCCCCUCCCGGAUAACAUUUCGCGCUCGUUGGUGCACGGCUACUACGCGAGCGUCACCUACGUGGACCGGCUUGUGGGCCGGCUAGUGGACGAACUCAAGUCACUCGGUAUGUACGAGGAGACGAUCGUCGUCUUCAAUAGUGACCACGGCUACCAGCUGGGUGAACACGGCACCUGGUGCAAGCACUCCCUCUUUGAGACCUCGCUGCACGUGCCGCUUAUCAUCAAGGCGCCCGGAUUCAGCCCCUCACGCGUGCCGGCGCUAGUAGAGAACAUCGAUAUCUACCCCACGCUGCUCGACUUGGUCGGGAUCGCGGCUCCACCGCACUUGCAGGGCAAAAGCCUCGUCCCGCUUCUGCAGAACCCCGUCGCACCCUUCAAGGACGCGGUGUUUUCUCGCUACCGAGACGGCGACUCGGUGCGUUUCGCAGACUACGCCUAUAGCGAGUACUGCAUGCGGAGCUGCUGGUCGCCCGAGACUUGCUCAAGCUCCUGCGCGACGCCUCACCUGACCGACCGCAUGCUCUACGAUCACACCGUCGACCCUGACGAGACCCUCAACCGGUGGAACCGGUCACAGUACGUCCAAGCCACCGCCGACAUGCAGCGAGCCCUCUUUCGGCAUCGGGUUGAGAGGGAGGCAAUAGCUUAG